AUGUCGCAUCUCUUCCACGGCUUACUCAUCAACCUCAUUCGGCGGAGCGAUUGCCAAAGUAUCCGGCCACCAACACCGGAAGAAGCCACGGAUAAUCUCGAAGAUGACUGGCGGAUAUGGUGCGAAGCAGAGCAAAAGAAGAGGCUGGCGUUCCUAUGCUUCAUGUGGGAUACGCAACACGCAGUGCUUUUUUGCCAGUCGCUCUGCAUGUCCGCUUUCGAACUCCGGUCCAACAUGCCUUGCGAUCAGUCCAUCUGGGAGGCCGACUCAGCCGAGACAUGGCAUCAGUUGCGACAGAAGCAGCCAACGACCCCAUUGUUCCUAUCGUGUCUGAAAAUGUAUCUUCACCCCGAUGCUGCGACUAUCCCCAAGAACCUGAAUGCGUUGUCCCGGUCGUUGCUUCUACAUGGCCUGAUGUCUGUAGCAUGGGAUAUGCAACGGCGCGACCAGACAUCGCUGGGCGUCAUUGAGUCAAACCCACUCGGCAAUUGGCAAGCUCGUCUCGCGGCCUCAUAUUCCGCGUGGCACGCAGACUACACUGCUUUCUGCGCCGCAUAUAUUUCGUCGCUUCCACCAUCCACACCCUUCCUCGCCAAAGAGUUCCACGUCUGCCGCACCGCCACACUAGCGCUUUAUCACGCCGCGCACAUCCUGCUCCACACACCCUUCCUGGACCUCCAAAUCUACGCUGGCUCACGGCAUAUCCUUGGCCGCCCAGUCGCGCGACAUGACUACGCACGCUCUCAGCGUGUAGUCAAAAAAUGGGUAGCGGAGAACACAGAAGAAGCCGGGAAAGCAGUCUGGCACGCCGCCGCUCUUGUCAGCGAAGGCGUGGAAGUUCUUGACGGCGACCUGAGCUGUUCAGACAUCAGUGGAGGGAGACUUUGGCACCACCCUUGGGCCGUGUACCUUGAUGACGAGGACGAGAUCAUCUGGGAUCCCGCUGCGGAAAUGAAGACAUUGCUUGGCGCUAUUCUCGUAGCUCAACCUGAGAAGCUGCUUGAAGCGGGCAGUGAAGGCGUUUUCGCUGGCGGCAUGGGAAAGAGGGGAACGAACGGGCUUGCAGCUGUCGUGAGCAAGUGUUUGAGUAAGGUGCGGUGGGCUGUUGUGCAUGAUGGUAUGAUGGUUCUUAGAGGGCUUGUACAGUGGCGUUUAGUUGGCGGUAGUGGUGGCCUAUGA